CUCACUUGUGCCAGUGGUAAGUUACUAGUGUACUGUUGUGGACGGUUUCUUUUUGAAGUGAGCUUCUGAAGGAGUGCAGCAGAGAGGUUGUCCCGAGGAAAGAUCCCAUUUUUGACUCGGACGAGAAGCUUUACGAGUGGUUCACUGACCGGGUGAUGCGCAACUUGCAUUUUGUUUUCACAAUGCACCCAUCUUUUGAGGGCUUGAAAGAUCGGGCUGCCACUUCUCCUGCCUUGUUCAAUCGAUGUGUGGUCAAUUGAUUUGGAGACUGGUCUGAUGAAGCGCUGUUCCAGGUGGGCAAGGAGUUGACCAGUACCGUUGAUCUGGAUCGCCCGAGCUGGAAGGCGCCCGACUCCUUCCCAUGUGUGCACACUGGACUGCCGGCCCAGCCCUCUCACCGUGAGGCAGUCUAUGUCCAUCAGACCCUCCUCGAAGCCAAUGCGAGACUUGCCAAGCGAGGCAGCAGGACCAUGGCCAUCACUCCAAGGCAUUACCUGGACUUGCCCGAUCAUUUUGUCAAACUAUACACUGAAAAGCGCUCAGAUUUGGAAGAACAGCAACUUCAUUUUAAUGUUGGUCUGAAGAAAAUUGUGGAGACUGUCUUACAAGUUGAAGAAAUGCAAAAGUCUUUAGAAGUUAAAUCUCAGGUUACCCAAUCGCUAUGAAAGAACAUUUUCUUGAAAGGAUUAAAAACUUCAACACUGAGAACAUGACUGGAUGCCGUUGUUGGUGCUACUUCCUUUGGUUAUUUGAGGCUAGAUGAAAUUAAUUUUGUUGGUGAAAAGGUCCGGCUCCCGUUUCCGGGAAAAAUAAAUUGAAACAGGCCUUAGUCUGCGCUCGAGACAUAUAUUGCAGUAAAAAUAUUAUGUACAACAAAAAUUAAAAAUUCCUUAAGUUAAAACAUCAUCACAUGAGCUGCCUUACCUAUAAGUAAUGGGGUGUGCUAAUGAUGUUGCUGAACAAGUGCUUUAUGAAGGCUCUUUUUAGUGAGAAGAUUUUGUCAAUAUAUAGCCAUUAAUGUAGUAUGUUUUUAUCUUUUUUUUCAACAUGGACAACAGACUUUCAUAUAAAUAUUCGUACCCUACCAAAAUAAAGCAUGAGUCAAGUGUGGGAACCCUGGAACCAAAACUCACAAAGAACCUAGCUUUAACUCAAAAAGUAUUGUGAAGGUCAAUGGACUCCAUGUAGAUAUUUUUGUGACCCAUGAUGCAAAUGGAUAAUAUGUAUAAUUGAAAUUAAUGUAAAAACUGAAACUGAAAUUUUACAGACCUUGAUGGCAGUAAAGCAGAAUUUGGUCAUAAAGGUCAUCCCCAAGGUAGUAUAUAUGAGUUUGUUGCUCGAGUACAUAUGUCACAUCAGGAAUGGCUUACAUCCAACAUUGUGUACAAAACACGUUUUUUUUUUUGCCACAUUUUAAGGCAGUUAGUUCCAUCAGUUCAUGGCCUUUUUCUUUGUGCUGUGAAUAUGACAACAGUAAAGUCAUUGAAAUGUUAAGAUUUGUUAGUAUUGGUUUUACACAUGAAGAGGAAGCUUGCAAGUAGAUCAAGUUGUUCUAAUAUUUCUGCUAAGCUUGCACUUCUGUAUAAGUAAAUUGGUACCAGUUACAUUCAUAUGAAACUACUUUAGGGAUGAUGGUCCCAUGCAGUUUUAACUAAGCUUUCAAAAUAAGUCACAAAGGUAGUGUCCAUGUUAUUCACAUUAAAACAUAAUUUUGUAAUAUCUGGAACAGUUUAGGACGGUAAACGUUAUUAAACCAUCAACACUUAAAUAAUAUUAACAUAUCGUAUAAGUAUUGUACAGCAUUCGAAAAUAAAUGAAGACUGCAUCUGUGUUGCUACCAUGGGCAUGUGGCUUGAUCAACCAUAACUUCUACGACAUAUCACCACCUAGCUGCUGAGGAUUUCUCCUCAAUGAAGAACAAGAGGAAUAUCCCAAGAAUGACUGGUGUGGACACAAUAAAUGUUUUCUCUUACACCAAUUUGACAUACUGUUGAUUGUGAUAUGAAACUGCAACUGUUAUUUUUAAAAUAGAAAUAUGAUCUGCCGUUAUUUGGUCACAACAUGUCAAAAGAUCUACCCUGAAAGCAACAAUCACUAAUAAUUUAAAUGUAAGAUUUAUUUAUCAUUUUGUAGCAUUGUUUGUAUAGCCAUCAUUGAUGAAAAAGUCGAGUUGAUCAAACUACAGAUCAACAAGACGUUGUGACUUUGACAAUAAUUAAGCAAUAUACAGGAGAUAUUAAUAAAUUUUGUAAAGAAAAGUAAA